AUCACUAUUUGCUCCAUACAAAGAAAACUUGUAGCUUCCAAAGCAAAAUGCUCAGCAGGAUCUUGUUGGUGUUGCUGUCUCUCAGUCUGUACAGUGCAGGCUCCUCACUGAGCUGCAGAUGGGUGUGUGUGUGUGUGUGUGUGUGUGCUAAUGAGGAUGCUGAAGUGGACGACACUGUGUCCUUCCCGAAUCAUCUGUACAGCCAGGCGUCCAAAGCAUCAGCUGAGGACAAAGUUGCUUUCACAGUUCAGAUUCUGGAGGAGAUGGUGGCCCUGCUUGAGGGGGGUUACAGCUCUGCAUCAUGGGAGGAGAACACAGAGGAGAACUUUCUCAGUGUUGUAAGCAGGCAGGCUGUCGGCCUUCGCUCCUGUAUUGGGAGCCACAGGGAGAGCCAGAGGCUGCACAUGUACUUCAAGAGACUCUCGCAUCAUGUCCUGAUGCGAAUGGGCCACAGUGCUGAAGCCUGGGAGCUGAUCAGGAGGGAAAUGAAAAGCCAUCUGAAGAGAGUCGACCAGCUGAUUUCAUCUAACUAA